AUGUUCGUCCUACCUCCUCCUCCACCGCGGUACUCGGUGCCCAUCGCCUAUGCGGCCGGCGCCGCUAAUGGCAUGGCGGUACCCAUCAUCGAGACGAAUAAUAUAAUCAGGCACCCCGAAGGCGGCUGUCCUUUGCAGGUUGGAGAAGGAACAUAUGAGCUUGUCGAUGAUCUACACCUCGCAACACCUCCGCCACACCCUUCAGAGGCCCCCGUGACCAACCCGAAUCCUCUCGCGACCGUUCCAAACCCGCCGACUUCGGGCGUAAAAGUUUCCCUGGUGAUUGCUGGAAGCAGCCAGAGUCCGCCCAAUUUAUACCGACCGGGGUCGCUGACUUCGGAUUUGAGGAGUAUCAGGGAAAAUGAAAAGGAAGGUGGUGGCCCGCGGUCAGACAGCGGCAGUGAACCAUGGAGUAAUAUAUCGGCGCCCGCGUUUGGAGAAAGCAAUCCGGCGUUGAUGAUCGCGCCAGUCAAAGAUGGGCUAAAGCGACGGAAACCAAAGAACAACAUUGUCAAAAGCAGUUCGUCGUUUGUGUCUCGAGUCAUCACCCACGAGUCCUCGACCAAGCGCUUGGCAGACCGGAAACCCGAGGGUUUAUUUGCGUUUGCAAACAUCAACAGGGCAUUUCAGUGGCUGGAUUUGAGUUCCCAGAAUAAGGAAGAGCCGCUUGCAAAGAUUCUUUUCACAAAGGCGCAUAUGCUGUGCCAUGAUGUCAACGAAUUGACCAAAUCAGCCUCACACCUCGACGUCAUCAUGGGUUCUUCGGCGGGCGAUAUCAUCUGGUACGAGCCCAUAUCGGCAAAGUAUGCUCGCAUCAACAAGAAUGGCGCCGUCAACAACAGCCCUGUUUCGCACAUCAGCUGGGUUCCCGGCUCAGAAAACCUGUUUUUGGCAGCACACUCCAACGGCCAGGUGGUGGUUUACGACAAGGAAAAGGAAGACGCACUUUUCACGCCCGAAGCUGAAGAGAGUGGUGGUGCGUCUUCGUCAAAGGCGCUGCAGAUUUUGAAAUCGGUCAAUUCCAAAAACCAAAAGACGAACCCAGUCGCAGUGUGGAAAGUAUCGAAUCAGCGUAUCAAUCAGUUUGCUGUUUCGCCUGAUAAUCGCCAUUUGGCGAUGGUGCUAGAAGACGGCACAUUGCGCGUAUUGGAUUAUCACAAAGAGGAAAUCACGGAUGUAUUCCCAAGCUAUUACGGCGGCAUGCUAUGCGUCUGCUGGUCUCCCGAUGGCAAAUACAUGGUAACCGGUGGACAGGACGACCUGGUCUCGAUUUGGUCUCUUGCAGAACGAAAGAUUAUUGCUCGAUGCCAGGGUCACCACUCGUGGGUUUCGGCCGUUGCGUUUGAUCCCUGGAGAUGCGACGAGCGGAAUUAUAGGUUUGGCAGUGUUGGCGAUGACUGCCGGCUGCUGCUGUGGGAUUUUAACGUUGGCAUGCUCCAUCGUCCAAAGGCACUCCAAACCAACGGCCGCCAUCGCAACAGCGUCACCGCGGGUAUCCACCAACUCAGCCGCCAUCGAACUGAUAGCCUGAGCAAUCGCAAACGAUCCGACUCGGACCGGACAGAAAAACCAAAGGACAGCGACGAGGAAGAGGUUCUGGACCAUCCAGUCGAGCCGAGGAAACUCACCGCUCUUCUUCCUCCGAUUAUGUCGAAAAUUGUUGGCUCAGACCCGAUUUGCUGGCUUGGAUUCCAGGAAGAUUCCAUUUUUACGUCAUCCUUGGAAGGUCACAUCCGUACAUGGACCCGUCCCCGAGAGAACGUCACAAACGAAAGCCACGCCAAUCUCUCUCUUACUGUAUCAGGGUCUGGAUCUGGUGGGGCUGGAGAGUCGAAUUUGUGA